UGCGUACAAAAUUGGAGUUGCGGGGGCGUGUCCGCUGGCGGUCGGGAUUCCGUGUAGUGUGGGGUGAUUCGCUGCAAAAGUUACUGGGCGUAAAAGCCGUCCUAUGCUGCUGCCGGAUCCGCAGGCUAUAUAGCCUGCUGAAUGAAUGAAGUUGAAGAGAUGGUGCUACGCCGUCGUCUUUAUCGCCGCUUGCUACUGCUGCGUCCUCCUCAUCGGCGUUACGAUACUCGAUACGGAGCGAAGCAGAAGAGAGAGGCGAGUAAGAUCUGAAACAGAUCAUCCUUGGGAGCGGCAGCAUGCUCACGGAGCUCACCAAUCUCACACCCUCUCUUCUCCACCCCCACCCACCUGCUCCCCUCCUCCUCCUCCUCCUCACCUUCAUUGUCGCCCACCUAAACUCAAAACGGUUCUCAUUGUGGGUGUCCUACACUCUGUGGGUGCAUGGCUGGCCAAUCAGCUAACAGGAUCUCACUGGACUGUUCGCGGCCUGGCUCGAGAUACAGCAAUAUCCACAAACAAUCUUCUCUGGUAUCGCAGAGACCAGCUCACU